AUGAAGGGACAGUCCCCAGGACAGGUACUGCGCCGCCGUAGGCAGAAGGCUCAAGAUGACAAGACCAACCAGCCCUCCUCUGACGACCAACCAGACGACACCUCAGACGUCCAGGGCGCGGAAGGCGACCAGGCCCCGCAACCAGAAAAUACUGGAGGUGACGACAAGGGAUACGGGACUGUGCAGGAGGCGGCAGGCGCAGAAGCCAAGCCGGCCGACGACCAGGCAGCUGCCGCUGCUGAAGAACCGGCUACCGGCGAGAAGUCAGACACCAACGAGGAAGAGGCGGCGGCCACAGGCGAGAGGUCUGACGACACUGCUACCGCCGUAAGCGAACCAACUGUCACUGAGGAAGAGGCCGCCGAGGCCCCGGCCGAGGCCCCGGCAAACCCUACCUAUGAAGAGGCCGCCCCGGUCACUGCCCCGGCAAACCCUACCCACGAAGAAGCCCCGGUCGAUCCCCCGGCAGACACCGCCACCUACGAGGAGGCUGUCCCUGUCAGAAGCCAGAUCACCGUCAUGCCGCAGGAAGACGACAGCGGAGAGGCAACCGGCCCUGAUCCCGAGAACCCGACCCCAACAGCCGAGCCACAGCCCGACACGACUGACCAGCCGCCCGAGCCGAGCGACACCGACGGGCCCUCCGAAACUGCGCCCCCUAGCGACGACUCUGGCCCACAUGACGAGCAGCCUGGUACUUCCUACGCCAGCUCUCAGCAGGAUGUCCUCUAUUAGAACUUGCUGACUCCCCCUCUUCACCAAAAGCUGCUACCGCACUGCGCCUGUGCUUAGACCGCUCAGCGACCAAAGAUUUGACAGGCCGCUCAAAGAAUUCACGUUUAGGCUGAUUUUCCUUUUGAACCACUCUUUGACAUCCUGCAGCAUAAUCUGUGCAUUAAUAUGAAAUAACACGCAUCAAUUUUUGGUCGCUGCUCGGUCGACGUUGCUUUGGGUUGUUUUAAGUUUGUAACGUUCAUUUCAAGGUCAUGUUUGUAGUGUCGACAUGCCAUUGCUGUCCAACUUUUGGUGUUAAUUUCCUGCCCACUUGUUUGAAGGCUGUAACUCAAUUCAAAAUGCUGCUGUAGUGCACAAUCCAAAGUAGAACAAAUAUCAAAGUGCCUUCAAAACAUAAACGUAGUAAUACUGCUACACUUUGUACCUCCAAAUGCCACCAUGACCAAUCAGCAAGUAAUAUUGAUACUCGUCGUGAACACUUAACCCAGCCUAUGCUGCUGUGUCGUUAGAGGGAGAGGGUCUGACCUUGAAGUGUUGUAAGGGGGAGGGGGGUCUGACCUUGAAGUGUUGUUAGGGGGAGGGCAGUCUGACCUUGAAGUGUUGUUAGGGGGAGGGAGUCUGACCUUGAAGUGUUGUUAGGGGGAGGGGGAUCUGACCUUGAAGUUCCUUUUGCAAUUAGAACCCAGAACUCCUGACUUAAAAUUGUACUCUUGUGACAUUGCAACACUUCAUCAUUCAUCAUGACGUCAACCUGUCAAUUAGACACGUUUUGCAAUAUUGGCAGAAACAUCAUUUGUAUAGCCACGGCGGUUAGUAGUAAAAGUUUUGUUUUUUUGCUCUUGAAUCGAGGGAAGGACUUCGGGCAGCUUCAGUUUCAGUGAUUUUCUAGAGCAUUAGGUUGCUAUAAUACCGUCCGCAGCUGUAGGAAAUCACACGAGUACAUGGCUCUUGGUCUCAGGUG